AAUACAUUUAAUACUACGUCUUUUUCACCUGGGACACCCCAGAUGCUGAAGGCUAUAAUGAAAUGUCUGUUGACAGAUGAGCUCUGUUUUUGACAAAGACUGAAAAAUCUGAAGGUUCCAACCUAAUUAUCAGUGGAUUUCCCAAAAGGACUAAUCAAUAUUCAUAACACAACAUCCUCGAUUCACGUACACAUGGUGUGUAUUUUUUUUAUCAGAUAAACAGGCAUAUUGAAACAGAAGCUAUAUGUAUUACCCUCUAACCUGCCCCAGACCAAAGCCACAGUUGCCCCCUGCCUUUGUGCCAGACGGUGUUUGUGACUGGUGUGAUAUCAGGCUGAUUGGUAAACAUUCUGUUGUCUGUUAUGAUGACCCUUAAUCUGUUCCGGCUCCCCUGGCUGCACGGGGACACACCUGAGACUGGGCUCUGCAAACCUGCUGAUAAGAGUGUGUGAAAUUGUGUCUGUUUGCAUCAGUAAUAAAGGCCUUUCUGUGUAUUACACAGAUGGGGAAAGAGAGCAUCCGAGCGUGACUGUACAAUGAGUCUGCUAAUUACUUCAUUCCUGAGGAGGAGGAGGAGGGGACAUCCGUGUGAUCAACAAGAGCUGCUGUAUUAGCAGUCGGGGGAAUCGAGACACAUGGGUCCAGUCAGAUGAAAAUAACAAGCAGGGCAGUGGGAGAACUGGCGGAGGCGGCUCAAUGCCGCGAGGCUGGGGAGCGAGCGCCGCCAUUUCCCCGAAGGGUGCCCCAGGAGCGGCGCUCGCCAGAGGGCACCGUACGACCAGUGAGCAGGCAGGCGGCUCCCGACCCCCACGAUGAACCGAUGCCUACGGAUCCUCCCGCUACACCACGCCGGGCCUGGCUGGCAGGUUGCAUCGUACACCGCGAGCCCCUAUCACCGCACCGAAGGUGGAAGUAGAAGUCAACGGACGUCCGUACCAGGCUCUGCUAGACUCGGGCAGUGCGGUCAACCUGGUUCAGUCAACGGUAGUUUCCCCACGGGCGGGGUCCCAAACCUGUCUCCCCAUCACCUGCGUGCACGGCGAUACUCGCCAGGUCCCCUCUCGUCGAGUCACCAUCGCGGCCACCCCGGGCUCCUGGCCCGUUGAAGUAGGGGUCAUGAAGGACCUCCCCGUCCCGGUGCUCAUUGGGAGAGACUGGCCAGGCUUUGACCGCCUGUUCACCCUCGCCACCCAACCUGCCAGCCCUGUCGGGAGCCGCCGAACCCAAAAGUGCAACCGACGUCCCCGACGACGCCCCGCCCUGCUUGCCUCGGACAGCCCCAGAGACGGUGAGUCCCCCUCCCCAUCCACUAACCUCUUUUACGAUGUGUUUCAACAGGUUAAGGGAGGUGGGGCUUUUGCCAUGGAACAACUCGCGGACGAACGGCUAAAGCACUGCUGGACACAAGUGAGGGUGAUCGAAGGGGAAGAAGUACAGCCACCUCUACACCCGGUCCCCCACUUCAUCAUUCAAGAUGGCCUGCUUUACUGUGUCGCUCCACGAAGGGGGGAGGAAAAACAACUUUUGGUGGUGCCGCGGUCGAAGACGGAAACGGUGAUGGAGCUGGCCCACUCCCAUCCGAUGGCGGGCCACCUGGGGGCCCACAACACCAUUCAGCGGAUCCGAGACCGUUUUCACUGGCCCGGCCUGGAUGCCGACGUGAAGCGGUUUUGCCACGCCUGCCCCACAUGCCAACAAACCUUGCCGCGCACCCCUCCCCCCAGCCCGUUGAUCCCAUUACCCAUCAUCGAGGUGCCCUUCGAGCGAAUAGGAAUGGAUCUGGUUGGGCCGCUGCCGAAGCUACGCACCUCCGUGUACAUCCUCAGACCGAUGGGCUGGUCGAGCGCUUCAAUCAAACCCUGAAGCAGAUGCUCCGUCGGGUGGCCGCGGAGGAUAAGAGAGAUUGGGACCGGAUGCUGCCAUAUAUUCUCUUCGGCAUCCGGGAAGUGCCGCAAGCAUCCACCGGCUUCACCCCAUUUGAGCUCCUAUUCGGACGUCAGCCCCGCGGUCUACUCGACGUCGCCAAGGAAGCGUGGGAACAACAGCCCAUCAGUCCACCAUCGAGCACAUCAGCGAGACAGGGUCAUGCCAAUGGUCCGGGAGCAUCUCAGGAAAGCCCAGCAGGCCCAACAAUGCCACUAUGAUCGGGCAGCCCAACCACGGGAGUUCCAGCCAGGAGACCUCAUCUCGGUCCUAGUUCCGACGGCAGCGUGCAAGUUCCUCGCGAAGUGGCAAGGUCCAUAUACGGUGACCAAGAGAGUGGGGCCCGUCACCUACAGAGUGCGACAGCCCGGGAAAAGAAAGGAAGAGCAAUUAUACCAUGUCAACCUCCUAAAGCGAUGGGUCGGGACUAGGACCCAGUUGGCCGCCCUGGCCACCUCCAACCCCGUGGUUGUAGAUGUCAACCCCCACCUAUCGGCUGCCCAGAAGAACGAGCUACAACAUCUGGUCAGUCAAUUCCCCGAUGUGUUCUCCCCACUCCCCGGGCAGACCCACGUCCUCCAACAUGACGUACACAAACCACCCGGAACCAUUGUUCGGCAGCGGCCCUACCGAGUUCCGGAGGCUCGGCGACACGCCAUCGAAGAGGAGGUGCAGGAGAUGUUGAAGUUAGGGUAAUAGAGCCCUCACGCAGCCCAUGGUCCAGCCCCAUCAUCAUGGUCCCGAAACCAGAUGGCACCCUCCGCUUUUGUAACGACUUCCACCGCCUAAACGAAGUCUCCGAGUUCGACGGCUAUCCCAUGCCGCGGGUGGAUGAGCUGCUGGAUCGGCUGGGGAGAGCCCGAUAUAUAUCUCAACGCUGGACCUCACUAAAGGCUACUGGCAAGUACCACUAACGGAUGAAGCCAAACCCAAGACCGCCUUCUCCACCCCCAGUGGCCACUGGCAGUAUCGGGUUCUCCCCUUCGGCCUGCAUGGGGCCCCAGCUACCUUCCAGCGGAUGAUGGACAUCCUACUGAGGCCCCACCAGUCCUACGCCGCGGCCUAUCUGGAUGAUGUUGUCGUUCAUUCGGAGACCUGGGAGGACCACCUGGAGCGGUUGCGGAGGGUGCUUAUGGAGCUGCGCAGGGCGGGGCUGACCUCCAAUCCCCGGAAUGUCACCUGGCCCUCUAUGAAGCGAAGUACCUGGGCUUCCAGGUGGGCCGGGGCCUCAUUAGACUUAUUAAGGUGGCAGCUAUCCUCUCGGCCCCACGGCCCACCUCAAAAACCCAGGUACGUGCCUUUUUGGGAUUGGCGGGGUACUAUCGAUGUUUUAUCCCUAACUUCUCCUCCUUAGCAACGCCCCUGACAGACCUGACCAGGAAUGGGCAGCCGGAGAAUAUCCCCUGGGGCCCCACCGAAGCGUUCCGGAAAGUGAAGGCGGCUCUCACCGCGGAACCGGUACUACGAGCCCCGGACUUUAACUGCCCCUUCCUGUUACAAACGGACGCCUCCAACACCGGGUUGGGAGCCGUCCUCUCCCAGGUACAGGACGGUGAGGAACACCCGGUGAUUUACAUCAGUCGGAAGCUGACCCCAACAGAGCAACGAUAUGCCGCCGUCGAGAAGGAGGCGUUGGCCGUCAAGUGGGCAGUCCUUGAGCUCAGGUAUUACCUCCUUGGCAGAAAGUUCACUCUCUUCACUGACCAUGCCCCAUUACAGUGGAUGGCCCGGGCCAAGGACACCAACGCCAGGGCGACACCGGGCGGGGACGGCCAACGCUAACGCCGAUGGACUCUCGCGGAUAUGGGCAGCUUUCGCAGGUAUGUCAGGUUUCUCUCCCCACCCACACCUAAUUUCCCCUUUGGCUCGCAGGACCAGGACGACGCUUAGGGGGGGGGGGAGUGAGACGCGUGUCCCGAGGCCUCAUCAGCGCCGCCCUGGAAACGUAGGAGGAACACCUGCACGCCAUCAGCGCGGGCUGGCCGGCCACACCUGAACCAAAUCAAGAGACACCUACAAAAGCCGCCAACACGCACAGACUGGUGAGAUACGUCUCCGACUAUGAGAUCGCUAACCUCCCUCUCCUUACUUGACAGAGAGCAGUGUCUGACCGGCCAGCCCCGAGGCAAUAUAACCACACCGACACCCAGCACUCACCCACGUGGAAGGAGGGAAGACGCGGAUCCUGGAGCACGAGAAUAUCUCACAAGAGCACUUCGGCACGAAUUCUUGGCACAAUAAACGCACCC